AUGAGAAUCGAGAAGGAAAUGAAAGCAGGGGAGGAAUGGGUUUGUGGUGGGAUAAUAGGAGCCGGGGCCUUUGGUACUGUCAGCCUUGCCAUAUGCAAAUCCAAUGCCCACCUCUUUGCUGUCAAGUCCACUACCACCUCUAUUUCUUCUUUAGAGAAUGAAUACAACAUUCUGAAGUCCUUGGACUCUCCAUAUGUUGUGCAAUGCCUGGGCAAAGAGUACACCACAGAGAAUGGUCAGAGUGUAUAUAACUUGUUUAUGGAGUAUAUGCCAGGGGGCAGCAUUGGGGAUCUAUUGACUAAGUUUGGAGGACAGUUGGAUGAGUCGGUGAUAAGAUGCUACACCCGAGGCAUCCUACUUGGCAUUCAGUACCUCCACAGGAAGGGGAUUGUUGAUUGUGACAUCAAGGGAAAGAACAUUCUUGUGGGUUCCAAUGGUGUGAAGCUUGCUGACCUUGGUUCUGCUAAGAGAAAUGGCAAUGAAGAGGACAAGGAACAGAGAUGUCAAUUGCGGGGAAGUCCUCUGUGGAUGGCUCCUGAGGUUGUGAAGCAGGUGGAACAGGGGCCUGCUUCUGAUAUCUGGUCUCUCGGAUGCACUGUGAUUGAGAUGAGCACUGGACAGCCUCCAUGGGGCAGCACUUUGCAUCCCCUCAAUACGAUGUAUAGGAUUGGCUUCAUUGAAGAGCUUCCUGAGAUGCCUCAAUAUCUCUCAGCUGAAGGCAAGGACUUUUUGGAGAAAUGCUUAAGAAGAGAUCCCAGACAGAGGAGUUUGUCAACCACUAGAAAGGAGAAUGAAGGGGCAUGUGGUGGAGACGAAAGCAAGGCCUGCAAGAAGAGCCCUCCUCCCAAAGAUCGGAUUCUGAAAUUGGCAGGAGGCGGCGAAUUCAAUGGAGUUGUGGGGAAAUGUAAUAAUUAUUUUGCAGAUCCCCUCCCUGAUCAGUGGAUUGUUGUAAGGUCCCCAGAACAAUUGAAAUCCUUCAACUCAGUUGAACCUUUUCAAAUGUUGUUUUCCAAGGAGGUUCCUUCUACGCAGGCCGAAGUAGGUUGCACUUCGAUUACAGAAACUAGUGAUUACUCGGAAGAGGUCAUGAGCUCGGAAUCGGAGACUUAUAGGUCGUUUUGUGGCAGAGAGGUUGACCGAAUUGAGUAUGCACUUUGUGAAGUCCAGCUUGCCAAUUACUUGCAUAAAGAUAUCUAUGAAACCAUGGAUGUUAGUGACUCUGGACCUUGGAAAAUAAUUUAA